AUGCUCCGUACUCCCGACGGUAAAAGGAGCGAAAGGGAUAGCGAGAACAUUACGCCAGUGAAGAGCGACGGUGAGAAUAGUGAAGAACUUGGAAUCAGUGGACAAAAAAAGCGCCAGAAAAGGAAGGAAAUAAUGAAAAAAAUGGCGGCUGAAUUCAAAGUGUUGCGAAACCAGUUAAAUGCACUAGAGAGAAGAAUGGAAAGAGUGAAGAGUGUGAUGGAAACAGAUACCGAUGAUUCCAAUCAGAAAUUGGAGUGCAAGCAGUUUUUACAGUUACAGUUGAAGACUGUGGAAAGCAUCAACACUGAUUACAAUGUGUACCAUCAGCGAGCCCAGGGACUGGAUAUUAGCGUUGACGAUCGUACGGAGCUGGAGAAUUCUGGCAUCGAAUUCGAACAAAUUUAUGGUGAGUUGUAUAUUGUCCUUACUAAAUUACUAGAUGCAACCAUCAAGAAGGAGGAACCAUCAUUUACACCUGCUGUACCUGCGAUCGCAAAUACAACCCAGCUGCCAGCGUUGAAGGUACCGUUGCCUUCGUUCGAUGGAUCGUACGAGAACUGGUACGCUUUCAAAUCGAUGUUCGAGACAAUAAUGGCGCGAUACAGCUCAGAAUCCCCAGCCAUAAAGUUGUACCACCUUCGGAAUUCUUUAGUAGGCAAAGCGGCUGGUAUAAUUGACCAGGAGAUAAUCAAUAAUAACGAUUAUGAUUCAGCUUGGGCUACCUUGACGGAGCGUUUUGAGGAUCGUAGGCUCAUAAUCGACAAGCAUAUCGAUGCGUUAUUUGAUUUGCCAAGGCUCGCUGGCGAAAACGCUAUGGACAUGAGAAGGCUGUUAGAUACUUGUACCAAGAAUGUUGAUGCCCUGAAGAAUCUUGGGUUACCAGUGUCUGGACUCGGCGAAAGCAUGCUAGUUAACCGCAUUGCUAUGAAACUUGACAACGAUACCCGUAAGGCAUGGGAACUUAAGCAGACGUCUGGUGAACUUCCUAGCUACGAUUCAACUUUAGAAUUCUUGCGCGAAAGAUGUCGAGUAUUAGAGAAGAUUCGUUCUAACAUAAAACCGCCCAUUAAAAUCGUGAAACAGAUGCGCCCUCCCGACACAAGGGUACGGACGAGUACCUUAGUUGCGGCAACCAGUAGCUGCCCGCAUUGUUCCGGAACCCACGAAUUGUGGAAAUGUGAAUCGUUCAAAGGCGCCACCAUCUCCGAUCGAUAUGCUACACUGCGAAAAAUUGGCGCGUGUUUCAACUGCUUGCAAAAGGGACAUCGCACAUCGGAUUGUACAUCGAAACAUACGUGCAAAAAAUGCAACAAACGUCACCAUACAACGUUGCAUAAUGAUGGUCAGCCAAUGAAACUUGAUGAUUCUACGAAUGCCAAUGCACAGUGCAACUCAGAGAAGAAUUCCGAAGUAUCAACAUCAAUCACUCCGGAGAUCGUGUCACACGAGACGAACACGCAAUCAUCGUUCUACACACAAUUGAAGACUACGGAGAAGCAAGUUCUACUAUCGACAGCGGUAGUACUUGUUUACGGAAAGGCGGAUAACUCGUACCCAUGUCGAGUUCUCUUAGACUCGGGUUCACAUUCGAACUUCGUAUCGGAGCAUUUUGCUACACUGCUGUCCCUGAAAAAGGAGCCCGCUCAUAUUUCCAUAAGCGGUUUGAACGACAUCCACACGAGAGUUCGGUUCAAAAUUAACACAAAAAUCAAGUCUCGUGUAAACAACUACACAGCGUGUCUCGAAUUCUUGAUUGUGCCCAGGAUAACGAGUAAUCUACCUCUUACGGAUGUGGACUACACUCAUUUGAAUCUGCCGAAGAACAUACAGUUAGCGGACCCGAAUUUCAGCACUCCUGAUCGUGUUGACAUGUUGUUGGGAGCUGAAAUAUUUUUCGAGAUGUUGAUGUCAGGACGCAUGAAGGUCGCCAACACUGCUGCAAUUCUGCAAGAAACCCAGUUUGGUUGGGUGUUGAGCGGUCCUGUUCCAAGCAAGAGUUCCAAGACUUUUCAAUCUUUGUGUAUCACUGCUGAAGAAAAUCUCAAUGAGAUAGUGCGACGUUUCUGGCAAAUAGAGUCCUGUGACGACUUCGAAGAGAUAAAUGUACCAUCAUGUGAUGAGUUAUGUGUGGACCAUUUUUGUAAAACCCACACACGCAACGCGGAAGGGAGAUACGUUGUCCGUCUUCCCUUUAACGAUCUGAAACUUCAGUUGGGUGAUUCCAAGGCAAUGGCUACGAAACGAUUUUUUGCAUUGGAAAAGCGAUUGGACAGAGCACCGGAGAUCAAGCUUCAAUACACCGCCUUUUUAAAACAAUAUGAGGAGCUCGGUCACAUGUCAAUAAGUGAAACUGGAGAUUUGGAUGAAGCGCAAUCGGCGUAUUAUCUACCACACCAUUAUGUUUUAAAACCGAGCAGCACAACAACUCGACUUCGUGUGGUGUUUGACGGUUCGGCGCAGAGUGACACUGGAGUUAGUAUUAAUCAGACACAAAUGGUGGGCCCGACGGUCCAGAACGAUCUUGUAUCGAUAUUGAUGAAUUUCCGAACCCAUAAAAUUGCCUUUACCGCCGAUAUUUUAAAAAAUGUACAGGCAGAUUUUGGUAAACGAAGACGACAUUCGAUUCCAGAGGAUUCUUUGGCGUGA